AUGGCAUCCUCAUGCCUCCUGGUUCUCCUCUGCCUCGCCGCCGUCGCCGUCGCGGCGCCGGCCGCCGGAGAGGGCGGCCUCCGCCUGCCCCGCGACGCCACCUUCCCGGCGGCGCAGGCGGAGCGGCUCAUCCGCGCGCUCAACCUCCUGCCCAGGGAGAAGGAGGCGGGGCCAGGCGCGGGCGGCGGCGACGGGCCCAGUGUGGCGCCCGGGGAGCUCCUGGAGCGCCGCGUCAGGCUUCCCGGCGUCCCCGACGGGGUCGGGGACCUCGGCCACCACGCCGGUUACUUUCGCCUGCCGCACACGCACGACGCCAGGAUGUUCUACUUCUUCUUCGAAUCGAGGGGCAAGAAGGAGGACCCCAUCGUGAUCUGGCUCACCGGAGGGCCCGGCUGCAGCAGCGAGUUGGCCGUCUUCUACGAGAACGGGCCCUUCACCAUCGCCAACAACAUGUCGCUUGUUUGGAACAAAUUCGGUUGGGACACAAUCUCAAAUAUCAUAUUUGUUGAUCAGCCAACCGGAACUGGCUUUAGCUACAGCUCUGAUGAUCAUGAUACUCGUCAUGAUGAAACUGGUGUCAGCAAUGACCUAUAUGACUUUCUUCAGGUGUUCUUUAAGAAGCACCCAGAAUUUGCAAAGAAUGACUUCUAUAUAACUGGAGAAUCUUAUGCUGGGCACUACAUUCCAGCAUUUGCAAGCAGAGUUCACCAAGGAAACAAAGCAAACGAGGGCAUUCAUAUAAACUUGAAGGGAUUUGCUAUCGGUAAUGGUCUCACUGAUCCAGAAAUCCAAUACAAAGCCUACACAGACUAUGCGUUGGAAAUGAAUCUUAUUGAGAAAUCUGACUACGAAAGGAUCAAUAGGUUCAUCCCACCAUGUGAAUUUGCAAUUAAGAUGUGUGGUACUGAUGGGAAAGCAUCAUGCAUGGCAGCUUAUAUGGUCUGCAAUAAUAUUUUCAACUCCAUCAUGAAGCUUGUUGGGACAAAGAAUUACUAUGACGUGAGGAAGGAAUGUGAAGGGAAACUUUGCUAUGACUUCUCAAACCUGGAGAAGUUCUUUGGUGACAAAGCGGUCAAAGAGGCACUUGGAGUUGGUGACAUUGAUUUUGUGUCUUGCAGUACUACUGUUUAUGAAGCAAUGCUCACAGACUGGAUGAGGAAUUUGGAAGUCGGCAUCCCGGCUCUACUUGAGGAUGGGAUUAACGUGCUUAUAUAUGCUGGGGAGUAUGACCUUAUAUGCAAUUGGCUCGGAAACUCGAGAUGGGUACAUUCCAUGGAAUGGUCUGGCCAGAAAGACUUUGUAUCCUCUUCUGACUCAUCGUUUGUAGUAGACGGUGCAGAAGCUGGAGUUUUGAAGAGCCAUGGACCACUCAGCUUCCUCAAGGUUCACAAUGCGGGCCACAUGGUUCCGAUGGACCAGCCGAAAGCUUCCCUGGAGAUGCUGAGGAGAUUCACGCAAGGGAAACUGAAGGAAUCGCUCCCCGAAACGAUGGUGUUGAAGGCGGCGAUGUGA